AUGCCCUUUCCUAAACAGGAGGAAAGGCAAAAAUGCUGGGCAUCAAAGGAUGCCUACUGGCAGUGCCUCACAGAUAAUAAUGAUGAUACAUCGAAAUGUGGAAAGGAACGUAAAGAGUACGAGUCAAGUUGCAUAAAACAAUGGGUGAGUUACUUUGACAAGAGACGUGACUAUUUAAAAUUUAAGGCAAGUCUAGACAAGGGACAGGAGCCUCCUCCAGAUACAAAGCAGAGUUCAUGA